CAGACUGAGUCACCAUCUUUCACUCUAUAUCCCAAAAUUGUAAAUGUGUAUAUAACUGAAACCAAGCAAAGAACCAUUUCAGAAAUACAGCAAGAUCGAAUACCCAGUUGCUACAUCUGCACAAAACCAAGAACUGCAAGUUGGGUUUUUGGCAAAAUGGCAGAAGCACCCCAGAUUGCCAUUCUUGGAGCUGGUACUUUUGUGAAGACCCAAUACAUUCCAAGGCUGGCUGAGAUCUCUAACCUUGUCAACCUUAAAGCCAUUUGGAGCCGUUCUGAGGAAUCUGCUAGAGGUGCAGUUGAGAUUGCUGGGAAACAUUUUCCAGGAGUAGAAUGCAAAUGGGGUGAUCAGGGUCUUGAGGAAAUUAUUGCAGAUAGUUCAAUUCUUGGUGUUGCUGUGGUUUUAGCUGGCCAAGCUCAGGUUGAUUUCUCACUGAAGCUUCUCAAAGCAGGGAAGAAUGUCCUUCAAGAGAAACCAGCAGCAGCUACUACAAGUGAAUUGGAAACUGCAGUGUCAAGUUAUAAAUCUAUUGUUGCUAAUACUCCCAAUAAACCAAUCUGGGCGGUAGCAGAAAAUUAUCGAUUUGAACCUGCUUUUGUUGAGGGCAAGAAACUAAUGACUGAAAUUGGAGAUGUGAUGAGCAUCCAAGUUAUUGUUGAAGGAUCAAUGAACAGUUCAAACCCUUACUUCUCAAGCUCUUGGAGGCGAGACUUUAAUGGUGGUUUCAUUCUGGACAUGGGAGUACAUUUCGUUGCAGGACUGAGGAUGCUUGCUGGAUGUGAGAUAGUCUCGGUGUCAGCUACAACGUCACAUGUCGACAAGACUUUGCCUCCCCCAGAUAACAUAUCCUCUCUCUUUCAACUGGAGAAUGGCUGUUCUGGGAUUUUUGUGUUGGUGGUCUCCUCAAGGUCUCCCAAGAUAGUUUGGCGAUUUGUUGGCUUGAAGGGAACACUGGAAGUUGAGCGUGGAAACCAAGAUGGACGACACGGCUAUGUGGUCACAUUCUAUAGUGCUGAUGGACAAAGGGAAAGCUCCUUCUACCAAUUUAGAGGAGUGACUGAAGAAUUCAUUGCUUUUAUUAAUGACAUAAAGCAAGUCACUUUAAAGAAGGGAGCUGGCUAUGAAGCUGAGCCUCGCAUGUCAUUUCUGGAAGGUGCUAGAGAUGUUUCUGUUCUAGAGGCAAUGCUCGAAUCUGGAGGAAAGCAAGGGGCACCAGUCCAUGUGAAGAAAUUUUGACAGAACGAUAAGAUCUCUGACUCUCUCUCUCUCUCUCUCUCUUCCCUCCCCCCGAUUGCAGUGGAAAAGGUUCUGGUUGAGAUGCUUUGUCAGUUCAGUUUUCUAUAGUGAAAUUGUUGAAACGAAGAGGGAACAGUCUCUGUAACGAUAUUUAAAACUUCUAAAGGUUGUUUGUUGCCUCUGUAAGGGUACCUGGAUUGUAAAGGAGGACAGUUUACCUUAUGUAACUACCUAUUCAUCAAUAAAUCAUAGUUAGCUGUGUA